AUGACCUCCAGGUCUUUCUUGGAAGGGGCUUUCAUACAUCCCGAAUCUUCUCCCGAAAAUUCAGUCAAGGAAAAAUCGUUGAAUUAUAGGCAUCCAACCGUGUACGAUGCAGUCGCUGGCAGAAUCUCUGCUGGAGGAUUUAUUCCAAAGCACCUGGUAGUCACUGCGAAUCGAGAUACAGCAUCCUCUUCUACAGCUGCUCUACCUCCAGAAUCAGUACUGUUUCGAAGCAGGAAUGCUCCUACCAGAUACGCCGAAUCUGACAUCUACUUUUCCGACGAGAGACGGUCACCGAUUGGCCUACCAGAAUCCGAUCUUCUGAAAGCACUUCAUAGCUACACUUCGGAUUUCUACUCACGUGCUACCGCCGAUGUUGGAGCCGGAGACUGGAAGAGCUUAGAUGAAACGGCAUUGAUUGCAUUUGGAUUUCUGAUGGAAGAAGCAUCACGAGAUAUCCUUGGGCAAACCGGCGAUUUGGUGUUCACAGAAGGCGAGGAAGUAACAGAACAAGUUUCUGGGGCGCCAUCAGCACAGCGGACGAAGUCAAAAGGACGGCCUUCGAAGAAGAGGCGAGUUGAUACCAGAUGA